AAAUCUCUUCUCAUUUUAGUAUUAUUUUAAGCACAAUAAGGCUCCAGCAAUUAAUCAAACCAUCAGAUCAUUUAAUCCAGAUUUGAUAAUAUCUCCAAGUGAACAACCUUCAGAAUUAUUGCCAGAAUGGAUGAAACCAUUCAUGCAAAGACAUUCUACAGUUAUUGCACCAUUACCAAUAGUUGUCUCUGCUUCUCAAAAUGUCAGAACAUCACCUGUAUAUGUAAAAAUUUCUCCAUCUACUAUUGUCUCAUCUCAUCAGUUUAUGAAAACUGCUGUUACUUCUCCUAUUACUAAGACUCCAGAGAAAAGAAAAUAUAAUCCCAUAUUACCCCGUCCAACUGUUUCUUCUUAUGGAACUUCACGUAAUUUACAGAAACAUAUUUCACCUUUAAAGCAGAUUUCUCCGAUUUUGAAAAAAUAUAGUUUUCAAAGAAGAGUUUUGCCUAGACUCCAAUUUCCUUCUAGUCCAAUUAAAAAAACAACAGAUAAAAAAUCCCAUAAAAGCGUAAAUGUAAAACAGAAUUUUAACAAAUCUGAAACAGAUUCUAAAGAGUGUGUUUCUCCUAAAGAAGAUCCAACAUUGAAUAAACCAGAAAAACCAGAAACUGUUUCAAAAGAAAAUAAUCCUGAAAAAAUACAGAUAGAAAAUACUGGUAAUACUGAUGCUUCAUGUGAAUUAUCUGAUAAAAUGAACAAUAAUAAUGUAGAAAGAAGUGUCAUUGAAAAUUCUAUAGAACCUUUAGAAACAGAUAUUCUACAACAUGAAAUGGAUGGAAUAACUGAAAUUGAAUCUCACUGUGAUAUUGAUAUUACUGAAGAAAAUGGAGAGGGAGAAGUUGAAGAUGAAGUUAUUGAUGAUGAGUCUGAUUUGGCUGCAUUAAUGGCAGCAAGUACAACAAUAUGUAAAAAACAACAUCCAUUAAUAAAAAAGAAAAAUAAACAACAAAAAGAAUUGGAAUCAACAUUAGCAUUAUUAGCACCUGAUUUAUUAGAAUUAGAUCCAAAGAAAGAAGAAAGAGAAACGAUGUUUGUACAGUCGUAUCUUAUGAAAGCAAAAGACUUAUUGAAAGAUGAUGUGGAAACAUACGAAAACUUUUUGAGAACUUUAUGCGAAUUUGAAAACAGUAAUAAAACACCAGUUCAGUUAUUUGAAACUAUCAAUAUGCUUUUAAAUGGGUAUCCUAGUUUGGUUGAAGAUUUUGUGGGAUUUUUACUUCCUGAACAAGCUAGAGACUGUGGAAAAAUGGCUGAAUAUUUCACACUAAACAAAAUAAGGAUGUUCCUCAGAAAAUUAGAGGUACAUUUUGGUCCACAACCACAAUAUAUUCAGAGGAUAUUGAAAACUCUUAGUCAUUUACAGUGGCAAAGAAAUCUACAUUCAUCAAAUAUCAGAACUGCUCUACAACCCUUAUUUAGAGGACAAAAUCAUUUAUUAGAAGAAUUUCUGCAACUGUUGCCUGAUGAACCACCACCUGAAAGCCUUAUGACAGAUUUUGAAGAAAUUGUCAUUCCUGACAGUGAAGAAGAUUAUAGUAAUGAUAGUGUAGAAGAAAUAACAAUACCUGAAUAUGACAACAAAUAUGGAGGAAAACAGUGUCCAUGUGUUUGUCAUUCUCACACCACUGAUCUUAGAAUGCAGAAUAGAAUUAGGCAUUGUAUUCAAUGUGGAAUCAAAUUUUUAGGUGGACGUAUUUAUAUUCAGACAGGAAAAGUAUUAAAACCGGCCCAGGUAAUUUAUUAUACACCAGGGUUAUCUGAGAUCAAUGGAGAUAAUAAACUAGAUGAUUAUGCCAGUCCAGGCCAACAAGGAAGUGAUUCUCCAUUAUCAAGUCUUAGUCCCAGUCCAGUUGCUAUUGGAAAUCAAACUGAUGAUGAUCCACAAGAAGAGCAUGAAAUAAACAUUACAUUUUCAUCAGAACAAGAAAUACAUUUUCAGUCAUGUGAUUUGUCUGGAAAAUUAAAUUCUCAUGUUAGCAAAGAACAGAGAAACAUUGUGGUAAAAUGUCUUCCUUCAAAUGAAUUAUCAGAAGAAAAAGUGCAAACAUCACAUCCAUUUCUAAGUGUUUUGGAAGAUUUUUCACCAAAUACAUCGACGGCAUCAUCAACUCUAUUAGUUCCAUCCCACGUAGUCAUAGAAGAUGCAAUUUUACCACCGGAAACAAGUCAGCAAUAUUGUGCACUGCCAGCUGAUUUUAGUUCACUAAGAGAUGUAAUUAAGCUAAACGUUGACAGUAAAAACAUUAAAGAACAAAGUAAACAAUUAUGUAAAAGGUCUGCUGUGAUAUGUAAUAAUCCUGAUAAUAUGGAAAAUGAUAAAAAACAGCUAGAUAAAAUCAAUCAAACUGAUUCUCAAAUUCUCUCUUCUGUGGAGAGGAACGUGACUGAAGUGACAUGUGCAAUGAAGUCAACUUCAUUAAUCAACCAGCAGAAUUCAAUAAUUAAUAUCAACACAAGUGUUUCUACAAUGGAAAUGGAAAUGCAGAAUAAAUGUGCAACUUCCUCUGUUAAAUGGUCAAGGGAGGAAGAUAAGAUUUUAUUAGAGACAUGCCAAAAACUGGGUGCUAGUGAAGAUACUUUUAAAUUAGUUUCUGAACAAUUAAAAGAUAAAGAUCAACUUCAGGUUGCUAACAGAUUCCAAGAAUUAAUGAAAUUGUUUACAACGGAAGAAAUCGAAAAAGAUUACGACAGUGAUUGAUUCUAAUCACUUUUAUUUAUUAUUUAAAUUAUAUUGUAUAGUUAACCAUUAAAUGACUUUUAUAAUCGUGUCAUUUUUAUCAAAAGACUUUAAUUAUUGGCGCAAAAAAAAAGAAACACUAAUCAUAAUUAUGUAAAUAAAUGGAGUGUGUGUGAUGUUAGCGGAGUUAUUUUAAUAUAAUAAAUGUCAAUAAAUUAAUACUACAUUUAAAAUCAUUUGUAGAAUAUCUCAUAUAAACGUUUUGUUCGUCUUUAUUUAUAAAAAAAAGAAUUGUUUUAUUAAUAAUAAUAGAAGAAUGUAUCUCUUGUACAAAGUUUUUGUGACAUAUCUUGUACAGUACAUAUUUCUAUGAACUUUUGUGUAUGACUGUUUUUAACAAAAUAUUUUAAAAACAAUUGUCGUCGUAAUAAAUUUUUCCUAUAAA